AUGGGUAAAAAUCAUUCAAAAGCAAAGUUUACUCAAUGGGAUUUAGAUCGAUUUAGCAAUAUAACUAAAAUUCCUCGAGAUAAAGUCGACAAACUUUAUCAAGAAUUUAUUACAUCUACAGGAAAAGACAAUAGAAUGGACAAGAAAGAUUUUCGUCGUUUCUACAAGGAAAUGUUUCUAAGUCGACAAGUUCAUGCAGAAGGAACCGGUCCAUCUGCUCCAAUUAUGUGGAGUGAUCAUGAUUUAGAUAAAUUUGCAAAUCAUGUAUUCAAAGCUUUUGAUAGAGAAGGAUCAGGAAAAUUGAGCUUUGAAGACUUUGUCAAUGCUUAUUUGUUACUUGAUAAUGGUUCGAGUGCAUCUACAACUGAUACAUCAUCUCGUGAUCGAUUUAAUUAUAUUAUGGAUAACAAUAAUCCGACACCAGGUUAUGUCUCACGUGAACAAGGCGAAGAGUUGUUCAAUUGUUUAAGUCAAAUUAACGCAGAUGAUACACAAAUACCAGCUAACAAUACAGCGUGGGAACAUCAUUGGAGUCAAAUCGAUGAUGGCAGUGGCCAAGUUACGCAAGAGAAAUUUGUCGAAUAUGUCACUAAUUCGAAUGAUUAUAAGCCAAAUUUUAGACCAACCACGGCAUAA